GUUAUAGACCAAAAUAUAUUUCACUUUAGAUCAAAAACAAUCUUCAUUUAUAAGGAAAAAUAAUUUUUGAAUAUAUAUAUACAAUAUACAAAGUUAAAUAGAAUUCCCUAACAUGAAACUGCUACCCAACUAUGACUCACAAAUCUACACAACCAAGAUACUGCUAUUGUAGCAUUAUUACAGCAGCAGUUACACUGGAACACUACGCCAUGAUGAAUGUCUUCUCUAAGGGACAAGAACAAAGGAUUAAGCAAAAUAGAUAUAUGGAUUUAUGAAUUGUAAUAAUGAAUUACAAUAAUGAGUGUAAUCAACACUCUGCAGCUUUACAUUCUGUAUGGGAUAAUGUAUCCAGUCGUGUGCAUAGAAAUUAUAUACCAUGUCAAUGAAGAAGACAGUCCACACACAUAUAUAGGAGACAUUGCUGCUGACUCCAACUUAUCACACCCUCUCACACAUCAACAACACACUCUCAUUACAUUUACACAACUGCAAAGGAAAGUGUCAAGUGGGUCUCAAUUAUUCAAUGUCACCAACUCAGGAAAACUCUACACUACUCAAACACUGGAUGCUGAGUCUCUGUGUACAUACAACAAGGAAUGUUCCAGAAUUGUUAAAGUAGCAGUGAGGAAAACAGGAACAUUUAUAAAGAUAUUGAAGAUAAAAAUAAUUAUAGAAGAUAUCAACGAUCAUCAACCACAGUUUCCAGAUGAUCAAAUUAAAAUAGAGUUUUAUGAGACGGAUGUAAAAGGAUUUUCAAAAUCAAUACCAAAUGCUGUUGAUAAAGACAUUGGUCUUCUCAAUUCUAACAUCACAUACAGACUCGAUGAUAAAAGCAAGAAAUUCUCACUAUCCAUAUUUAAAGGAUUUGAUGGAAUAAACUUACUUAAAAUAACUCUAGAAGGAAUGUUAGACAGAGAAGAAAUUCACAGUUACAUGUUACAUUUAGUAGCUAAAGAUGGAGGUACUCCACCAAAAGAAAGUAUAUUGAACAUAUAUAUUUCUGUUACAGAUGUUAAUGACAACCAACCAAUGUUUACACAAAAAUCAUAUAAUACUACCAUCACCGACACACAUCACAUAUCUUCUCCUGUGAUUCUUUUAUCUGCAACAGAUUUAGAUUCUGGUCAAAAUGGGAACAUUACUUACUAUUUACAUAGAAAUACAAAUAAAUAUGCCAGAAAACAUUUCAAAUUAAAUUCUAAAACAGGAGAAAUUUUCAUCAAUGAUAAUUUCUUUAGAAAUAAAGAAAAUAAAUAUCAAUUGUACAUUGAAGCCAGAGAUGGUGGAAAUCCUUCAUUAAGCUCCAUGGCAAUGUUAAUUAUUAAUAUCAUUAACAAUCAAAAUAAUGUUCCAUCUAUAAAUAUAGAUUUUGUAUCACCUUUAACAGAGACCUCUACUGCUGUUUCAGAAGCAAGUCAAAUUGGUAGUUUUAUAGCUUAUGUUAUGGUUACUGACACUGAUAGUGGACCUAAUGGACAAAUUAAAUGUAAUAUUCACCAUAAAAUGUUCCAGCUUUCAAAUAUGGGUUCUAAAGAAUAUAAAAUAUUGGUGAAAGAACCUCUUGACAGAGAAACUAUAGACCAUUAUGUUGUUUCUAUUGUAUGUCAUGACAUGGGAUCACCUCCAUUAAAGACUAAGAAACAGUUCUCUGUCAAAGUAACUGAUGUCAAUGAUGUAGAACCACAUUUUACCAAAGAGACAUUCCAAUUCCUCACCUAUGAAAACCAGAAAGUUGACUUCCCUAUUGGCUUCAUCAAUGCUACAGACCCUGAUCUUGGAGAUGGAGGCCAACUUACAUAUUCUAUCAUCAAUGAUAACAACAAUGAUAACAUUCCUUUCCAACUGACAAAAUAUGGAUUUAUUUCUACAUCACAACCAAUAGAUCGAGAAGUGAAAGACAUCUAUAAUUUACAAGUUUUAGUCAAAGAUAAUGGAACACCUUCUCUGAACAACACUGCUAACAUUCUUAUUGAGAUUCUAGAUAAAAAUGAUAAUGCACCUUAUUUCAUCUUUCCUAACAAUGACCCUUACAAUCUAGAUGUCCACUACCAUCCACACAGUAAGAAGGACAUCACAAUUCUGAAAGCAUCUGACAAAGACACUGGAAACAAUGCUUUCCUCACAUAUGGAAUACUGAGAUCCAAUGAUAAAAACCUGUUUACAGUGAACUCACACACUGGUGUGUUAUCUUUCUCUCGCACAGUUUACCAAAAUGAUGCAGGAACAUAUGAACUGCAGUUUAUAGUGAAAGACGGUGGUACUCCAGUUCAAUCAGCAACAACUGCUAUCAUACUAACACUGUUUGUUAGUAAUGAUACAUCUCCAAUGUUGAAUGCUAUCCACUCACAGUCUGAUAACAACCUGAAUAUGACUUGGAUAAUUAUCAUUGUAGCAGCAGCUGUAAUACUAUCUGUGGCUGUUGUAGUGUCCAUAACAAUGUGUGUUUUUAGAUGUAUUAAUCACAUCAAUAAUUCAUCUGCAGAAAAAAAUAAUCCAAAAUUUCUCUCUCAAACUGAGAUGAGACAAAUUCUGUAUCAGACUAACAAUCCUGUUGCAAUAACUCGGAAUGCAGAAGACAUAUUUGCCAGAAAUCUUCAAUCUAUAAAUCCUAAAAGCCCAUAUUAUCCAGAGAUAGACCAGUUAAGUGGUGAAUGGAAAUUCUCAACAACACACAGGAGACUUCCAUCCAUUCCACAAGUUUCAGGUGGAUCUUGUGAUCAAAUUGACAACACCAGUAUUGUGACAUCAAACAACCUAAGUGAUACAUUGCCAUCUCAAAGAGAUUGCAAACAUGGAUGGAAUGAAGCUGAUGUUAAACAUCAGACAUCAGAAUACAGUAACUAUACACCAAACAUACCUCCAAUACCAAAAGGUGAACAUGAACAAGACACAUAUCUUGAACCAGUAUAUAAGCAAUACUGUCAUUGUCAAACUACUACAGCAGCAGUUACACAGGAAUACUACAAAAGAACAAAUGCCUGUUAUAAGAAUCACAAAAGAUUGAAUAAUUUUGAAAUAAUGAAUUACAACAAUGAUUAUAAUCAACACAUAAAAUUUUACUUUCUCUAUGGAUUGAUGUAUACUGUAGUUUCUAUAGACAUUACUUACUAUGUCAAGGAAGAAGAUAGUCCUCACACCUAUAUAGGAGACAUUUCCGUUGACUCCAACUUAUCACACCCUCUCACACAUCAACAACACACUCUCAUUACAUUUACACAACUACAAAGGACAGUCGAGAGUGGUUCUCAUUUAUUUAAUGUCACCAACUCAGGAAAACUAUACACUACUCAAACACUGGAUGCUGAGUCUCUGUGUACAUACAACAAGGAAUGUUCCAGAAUAGUUAAGGUGGCAGUGAGGAAAGCAGGAACAUUUAUAAAGAUAUUGAAGAUAAAAAUAAUUAUAGAAGAUAUUAAUGACCACCAGCCAGAGUUUCCUCAAAAGCAAAUAAAAUUACAGUUUGAUGAAUAUUACAGCAAAGGAACUGCAAAAUCAAUACCAAAUGCUGUUGAUAAAGACAUUAGUCUUCCAAAUUCUAAGAUAAUAUAUAAACUCAAAGAUAAAAGCAAAACAUUCUCACUCUCCAUAUUUAAAGAAUCUGAUGGAAUAAGUUUACUUAAAAUAAUUCUAGAAGGAAUGUUAGAUAGAGAAUUAAAAGACACUUAUAUGUUACAGUUGAUGGCUAGAGAUGGAGGUUCUCCACCAAAAGAAGGUAUUCUGGACAUUGAAAUAUCUGUUAUUGAUGUCAAUGAUAACAGACCUACGUUUACACAAAAAUUAUAUAAUACCACCAUCAGUGAUACACAUCAUAUAUCUUCUCCUGUUUUUGUUUUAUCAGCAACAGAUUUAGAUUCUGGUCAAAAUGGAAAUAUUAAUUAUUUUUUACAUAGAAAUACAAAUGAAUAUGAUAAAAAGUAUUUCAAAUUAAAUCAUAAAUCUGGAGAAAUCUUCAUCAAUGAUAAUUUCUUUAGAAAUAAGGAAAGUAAAUACCAGUUAUAUGUUGGAGCUAGGGAUGGCGGAAAUCCUUCAUUAAGCUCCAUGUCAACGUUGAUUAUAAAUGUAAUUAACAAUCAAAAUAAUGUGCCAUCUAUAAAUAUAGAUUUUGUAUCACCUUUAACAAAGACUUCUACUGCUAUCUCAGAAGCAAGUAAAAUUGGAAGUUUUAUAGCUUAUGUUAUGGUCACUGACACUGAUAGAGGACCUAAUGGACAAAUUAAAUGUAAUAUUCACCAUAAAAUGUUCCAGCUUUCUAAUAUGGGUUCUAAAGAAUAUAAAAUAUUGGUGAAAGAACCUCUGGACAGAGAAACUAUAGACCAUUAUGUUGUUUCUAUUGUAUGUCAUGACAUGGGAUCACCUCCAUUAAAGACUAAGAAACAGUUCUCUGUCAAAGUAACUGAUGUCAAUGAUGUAGAACCACAUUUUACCAAAGAGACAUUCCAAUUCCUCACCUAUGAAAACCAGAAAGUUGACUUCCCUAUUGGCUUCAUCAAUGCUACAGACCCUGAUCUUGGAGAUGGAGGCCAACUUACAUAUUCUAUCAUCAAUGAUAACAACAAUGAUAACAUUCCUUUCCAACUGACAAAAUAUGGAUUUAUUUCUACAUCACAACCAAUAGAUCGAGAAGUGAAAGACAUCUAUAAUUUACAGGUUUUAGUCAAAGAUAAUGGAACACCUUCUCUGAAUAACACUGCCAACAUUCUUAUAGAGAUUCUAGAUAAAAAUGAUAAUGCUCCGUAUUUUACACUUCCUAAUAAUGACCCUUACAAUCUAGAUGUCCACUACCAUCCACACAGUAAGAAGGACAUCACAAUUUUGAAAGCAUCUGACAAAGACACUGGAAACAAUGCUUUCCUCACAUAUGGAAUACUGAGAUCCAAUGAUAAAAACCUGUUUACAGUGAACUCACACACUGGUGUGUUAUCUUUCUCUCGCACAGUCUACCAAAAUGAUGCAGGAACAUAUGAGCUGCAGUUUAUAGUGAAAGACGGUGGUACUCCAGUUCAAUCAGCAACAACUGCUAUCAUACUAACACUGUUUGUUAGUAACGAUACAUCUCCAAUGUUGACUGCUAUCCACUCACAGUCUGAUAACAACCUGGAUAUGACUUGGAUAAUUAUCAUUGUAGCAGCAGCUGUAAUACUAUCUGUGGCUGUUGUUGUGUCAAUAACAAUGUGUGUUUUCAAAUGUAUUAAUCACUUCAAUAAUUCAUCUGGAGAAAAAGAUAAUCCAAAAUUUCUAUCGAGGACUGAAAUGAGACAAAUUCUGUAUCAGACAAACAAUCCUGUUGCAAUAACUCGCAAUGCAGAAGAGAUAUUUAGCAGAAAUCUUCAGUCAAUAAACCCCAAAAGUCCAUAUUAUCCAGAGAUGGAACAAUCAGCCAAUGAAUGGAAAUUCUCAACAACACCCAGGCGACUUCCACCAGUUCCACAGAUCUACAAUAAACAGAUUUCAGAUGAGUCUUGUGAGCAAGGUGACAAUGGCAGCAUUGUGACAUCAAACAACCUAAGUGAUACAUUACCGUCUCAAAGAGAUCGCUGCCGUGGAUGGAGUGAAGGGGAUAUUAAAAAUCAUAUAUCAGCCUUAGACAUUACUUACCAUAUCAAUGAAGAAGACAGUCCUCACACCUAUAUAGGAGACAUUGCUGUUGACUCCAACUUAUCACACCCUCUCACACAUCAACAACACACUCUCAUUACAUUUACACAACUACAAAGGACAGUCGAGAGUGGUUCUCACUUAUUUAAUGUCACCAACUCAGGAAAACUAUACACUACUCAAACACUGGAUGCUGAGUCUCUGUGUACAUACAACAAGGAAUGUUCCAGAACAGUGAAAGUAGCAGUGAGGAAAGGAAAAACAUUUAUGAAGAUUUUGAAGGUGAAAAUAAUUAUAGAAGAUAUCAAUGACCACCAGCCAGAGUUUCCAUCGAACCAAUUAAAAGUCAAAUUUUAUGAAACAGAAGGGAAAGGAUCAACAAAAUCAAUACCAAAUGCUGUUGAUAAAGACAUUGGUCUUCCAAAUUCUAAGAUAAUAUAUAAACUCAAAGAUAAAAGCAAAACAUUCUCACUCUCCAUAUUUAAAGAAUCUGAUGGAAUAAAUUUACUUAAAAUAAUUCUAGAAGGAAUGUUAGAUAGAGAAUUAAAAGACACAUAUAUGUUACAGUUGAUUGCUAGAGAUGGAGGUUCUCCACCAAAAGAAGGUAUUCUGGACAUUGAAAUAUCUGUUAUUGAUGUCAAUGAUAACAGACCUACGUUUACACAAAAAUUAUAUAAUACCACCAUCAGUGAUACACAUCAUAUAUCUUCUCCUGUUUUUGUUUUAUCAGCAACAGAUUUAGAUUCUGGUCAAAAUGGAAAUAUUAAUUAUUUUUUACAUAGAAACACAAAUGAAUAUGAUAAAAAGUAUUUCAAAUUAAAUCAUAAAUCUGGAGAAAUCUUCAUCAAUGAUAAUUUCUUUAGAAAUAAGGAAAGUAAAUACCAGUUAUAUGUUGAAGCUAGGGAUGGCGGAAAUCCUUCAUUAAGCUCCAUGUCAACGUUGAUUAUAAAUGUAAUUAACAAUCAAAAUAAUGUGCCAUCUAUAAAUAUAGAUUUUGUAUCACCUUUAACAAAGACUUCAACUGCUAUUUCAGAAGACAGUCAAAUUGGUAGUUUUAUAGCUUAUGUUAUGGUAACUGACACUGAUAGUGGACCUAAUGGACAAAUAAAAUGUAAUAUUCAUCAUAAAAUGUUCCAGCUUUCCAAUAUGGGUUCUAAAGAAUAUAAAAUAUUGGUGAAAGAACCUCUUGACAGAGAAACUAUAGACCAUUAUGUUGUUUCUAUUGUAUGUCAUGACAUGGGAUCACCUCCAUUAAAGACUAAGAAACAGUUCUCUGUCAAAGUAACUGAUGUCAAUGAUGUAGAACCACAUUUUACCAAAGAGACAUUCCAAUUCCUCACCUAUGAAAACCAAAAAGUUGACUUCCCUAUUGGCUUCAUCAAUGCUACAGACCCUGAUCUUGGAGAUGGGGGCCAACUUACAUAUUCUAUCAUCAAUGAUAACAACAAUGAUAACAUUCCUUUCCAACUGACAAAAUAUGGAUUUAUUUCUACAUCACAACCAAUAGAUCGAGAAGUGAAAGACAUCUAUAAUUUACAGGUAUUAGUCAAAGACAAUGGAACACCUUCUCUGAAUAACACUGCCAACAUUCUUAUAGAGAUUCUAGAUAAAAAUGAUAAUGCUCCGUAUUUUAUCUUUCCUAAUAAUGACCCUUACAAUCUAGAUGUCCACUACCAUCCACACAGUAAGAAGGACAUCACAAUUCUGAAAGCAUCUGACAAAGACACUGGAAACAAUGCUUUCCUCACAUAUGGAAUACUGAGAUCCAAUGAUAAAAACCUGUUUACAGUGAACUCACACACUGGUGUGUUAUCUUUCUCUCGCACAGUUUACCAAAAUGAUGCAGGAACAUAUGAGCUGCAGUUUAUAGUGAAAGACGGUGGUACUCCAGUUCAAUCAGCAACAACUGCUAUCAUACUAACACUGUUUGUUAGUAACGAUACAUCUCCAAUGUUGACUGCUAUCCACUCACAGUCUGAUAACAACCUGAAUAUGACUUGGAUAAUUAUCAUUGUAGCAGCAGCUGUAAUACUAUCUGUGGCUGUUGUAGUGUCAAUAACACUGUGUGUUUUCAAAUGUAUUAAUCACUUCAAUAAUUCAUCUGCAGAAAAAAAUAAUACAAAAUUUCUAUCGAGGACUGAAAUGAGACAAAUUCUGUAUCAGACUAACAAUCCUGUUGCAAUAACUCGGAAUGCGGAAGAUAUAUUUAGCAGAAAUCUUCAGUCAAUAAACCCUAAAUGUUCAUACUAUCCAGAAAUAGACCAGUUGACCAAUGAAUGGAAAUACUCAACAACACCCAGAAAACUUCCACCAGUUCCACAGAUCUAUAAUAAACAGGUUUCAGAUGGGUCUUAUGAGCAAGGUGACAACAGUAGCACUUUGACAUCAAACAACCUAAGUGAUACAUUGCCAUCUCAAAGAGAUCACAACUGUGGUUGGAAUGAAGGAGAUAUUAAGCAUCAACCAGCAGCUUAUCCAAAAUCACCCUUCACACCAUGCAAGUUUGGUGGAAUUAACAGCUCUGUAGCCAACAACCUAAUUAUGAAACAAGUUGGACUGGACUACAUUUACCAUGUCAAUGAAGAAGACAGUCCACACACAUACAUUGGAGAUAUUGCAGCUAACUCUAACCUAUCAAAUCCUCUUACACAUCAACGGCUCACACUCAUUACAUUUACACAACUACAGAGAACAGUAUCAAGUGGUUCUCACUUAUUUAAUGUCACAAGCUUAGGAAAACUAUACACUACUCAAACAUUGGAUGCUGAAAAACUUUGUGUUUACAAGAAAGAAUGCUCUAGAACUGUUAAAGUAGCAGUAAGGAAAGAGGAAACAUUUCUAAAGAUAUUAAACAUUAAAAUAAUUAUAGAAGAUAUUAAUGAUCAUCAACCAGAGUUCCCAUCAAACAAAAUAAAAAUCAAAUUCUAUGAAACAGAUGUGAAAGGAUCAACAAAAUCAAUACCAAAUGCUGUUGAUAAAGACAUUAGUCUUCCAAAUUCUAAGAUAAUAUAUAAACUCAAAGAUAAAAGCAAAAAAUUCUCGCUCUCCAUAUUUAAAGAAUCUGAUGGAAUAAAUUUACUUAAAAUAAUUCUAGAAGGAAUGUUAGAUAGAGAAUUAAAAGACACAUAUAUGUUACAGUUGAUUGCAAGAGAUGGGGGUUCUCCACCAAAAGAAGGUAUUCUGAACAUUGAAAUAUCUGUUAUUGAUGUCAAUGAUAACAGACCUACGUUUACACAAAAAUUAUAUAAUACCACCAUCAGUGACACACAUCAUAUAUCUUCUCCUGUUUUUGUUUUAUUGGCAACAGAUUUAGAUUCUGGUCAAAAUGGAAAUAUUAAUUAUUUUUUACAUAGAAAUACAAAUGAAUAUGAUAAAAAGUAUUUCAAAUUAAAUCAUAAAUCUGGAGAAAUCUUCAUCAAUGAUAAUUUCUUUAGAAAUAAGGAAAGUAAAUACCAGUUAUACGUUGAAGCUAGGGAUGGUGGAAAUCCUUCAUUAAGCUCCAUGUCAACGUUGAUUAUAAAUGUAAUUAACAAUCAAAAUAAUGCUCCAGCAAUAAAUAUAGAUUUUAUAUCACCUUUAACAAAGACUUCUACAGGUAUUUCAGAAGCAAGUAAAAUUGGGAGUUUUAUAGCUUAUGUUAUGGUCAUUGACACUGAUAAUGGGCCUAAUGGACAAAUUAAAUGUAAUAUUCACCAUAAAAUGUUCCAGCUUUCUAAUAUGGGUUCUAAAGAAUAUAAAAUAUUGGUGAAAGAACCUCUUGACAGAGAAACUAUAGACCAUUAUGUUGUUUCUAUUGUAUGUCAUGACAUGGGAUCACCUCCAUUAAAGACUAAGAAACAGUUCUCUGUCAAAGUAACUGAUGUCAAUGAUGUAGAACCACAUUUUACCAAAGAGACAUUCCAAUUCCUCACCUAUGAAAACCAGAAAGUUAACUUCCCUAUUGGCUUCAUCAAUGCUACAGACCCUGAUCUUGGAGAUGGAGGCCAACUUACAUAUUCUAUCAUCAAUGAUAACAACAAUGAUAACAUUCCUUUCCAACUGACAAAAUAUGGAUUUAUUUCUACAUCACAACCAAUAGAUCGAGAAGUGAAAGACAUCUAUAAUUUACAAGUUUUAGUCAAAGAUAAUGGAACACCUUCUCUGAACAACACUGCUAACAUUCUUAUUGAGAUUCUAGAUAAAAAUGAUAAUGCACCUUAUUUCAUCUUUCCUAACAAUGACCCUUACAAUCUAGAUGUCCACUACCAUCCACACAGUAAGAAGGACAUCACAAUUCUGAAAGCAUCUGACAAAGACACUGGAAACAAUGCUUUCCUCACAUAUGGAAUACUGAGAUCCAAUGAUAAAAACCUGUUUACAGUGAACUCACACACUGGUGUGUUAUCUUUCUCUCGCACAGUUUACCAAAAUGAUGCAGGAACAUAUGAGCUGCAGUUUAUAGUGAAAGACGGUGGUACUCCAGUUCAAUCAGCAACAACUGCUAUCAUACUAACACUGUUUGUUAGUAAUGAUACAUCUCCAAUGUUGACUGCUGUCCACUCACAGUCUGAUAACAACCUGAAUAUGACUUGGAUAAUUAUCAUUGUAGCAGCAGCUGUAAUACUAUCUGUGGCUAUUGUAGUGUCAAUAACAAUGUGUGUUUUCAAAUGUAUUAAUCACUUCAAUAAUUCAUCUGCAGAAAAAGAUAAUCCAAAAUUUCUCUCUCAGACUGAAAUGAGACAAAUUCUGUAUCAGACAAACAAUCCUGUUGCAAUAACUCGGAAUGCAGAAGAGAUAUUUAGCAGAAAUCUUCAGUCAAUAAACCCUAAAUGUUCAUACUAUCCAGAAAUAGACCAGUUGACCAAUGAAUGGAACUACUCAACAACACCCAGAAAACUUCCACCAGUUCCACAGAUCUAUAAUAAACAGGUUGCAGAUGGGUCUUAUGAGCAAGGUGACAACAGUAGCACUUUGACAUCAAACAACCUAAGUGAUACAUUGCCAUCUCAAAGAGAUCACAACUGUGCUUGGAAUGAAGGGGAUAUUAAGCAUCAACCAGCAGCUUAUCCAAAAUCACCCUUCACACCAUGCAAGUUUGGUGGAAUUAACAGCUCUGUAGCCAACAACCUAAUUAUGAAACAAGUUGGACUGGACUACAUUUACCAUGUCAAUGAAGAAGACAGUCCACACACAUACAUUGGAGAUAUUGCAGCUAACUCUAACCUAUCAAAUCCUCUUACACAUCAACAGCUCACACUCAUUACAUUUACACAACUACAGAGAACAGUAUCAAGUGGUUCUCACUUAUUUAAUGUCACAAGCUUAGGAAAACUAUACACUACUCAAACAUUGGAUGCUGAAAAACUUUGUGUUUACAAGAAAGAAUGCUCUAGAACUGUUAAAGUAGCAGUAAGGAAAGAGGAAACAUUUCUAAAGAUAUUAAACAUCAAAAUAAUUAUAGAAGAUAUUAAUGAUCAUCAACCAGAAUUCCCAUCAAACAAAAUAAAAUUCAAAUUUGAUGAAACAGAUGGGAAAGGAUCAACAAAAUCAAUACCAAAUGCUGUUGAUAAAGACAUUAGUCUUCCAAAUUCUAAGAUAAUAUAUAAACUCAAAGAUAAAAAAGGUAUUCUGACCAUUGAAAUAUCUGUUAUUGAUGUCAAUGAUAACAGACCUACAUUUACACAAAAAUUAUAUAAUACCACCAUCAGUGAUACACAUCAUAUAUCUUCUCCUGUUUUUGUUUUAUCAGCAACAGAUUUAGAUUCUGGUCAAAAUGGAAAUAUUAAUUAUUUUUUACAUAGAAAUACAAAUGAAUAUGAUAAAAAGUAUUUCAAAUUAAAUCAUAAAUCUGGAGAAAUCUUCAUCAAUGAUAAUUUCUUUAGAAAUAAGGAAAGUAAAUAUCAGUUAUACGUUGAAGCUAGGGAUGGUGGAAAUCCUUCAUUAAGUGCCAUGUCAACGUUGAUUAUAAAUGUAAUUAACAAUCAAAAUAAUGCUCCAGCAAUAAAUAUAGAUUUUGUAUCACCUUUAACAAAGACUUCUACUGCUAUUUCAGAAGGAAGUAAAAUUGGUAGUUUUAUAGCUUAUGUUAUGGUCAUUGACACUGAUAGAGGACCUAAUGGACAAAUUAAAUGUAAUAUUCACCAUAAAAUUUUCCAGCUUUCUAAUAUGGGUUCUAAAGAAUAUAAAAUAUUGGUGAAAGAACCUCUUGACAGAGAAACUAUAGACCAUUAUGUUGUUUCUAUUGUAUGUCAUGACAUGGGAUCACCUCCAUUAAAGACUAAGAAACAGUUCUCUGUCAAAGUAACUGAUGUCAAUGAUGUAGAACCACAUUUUACCAAAGAGACAUUCCAAUUCCUCACCUAUGAAAACCAGAAAGUUGACUUCCCUAUUGGCUUCAUCAAUGCUACAGACCCUGAUCUUGGUGAUGGAGGCCAACUUACAUAUUCUAUCAUCAAUGAUAACAACAAUGAUAACAUUCCUUUCCAACUGACAAAAUAUGGAUUUAUUUCUACAUCACAACCAAUAGAUCGAGAAGUGAAAGACAUCUAUAAUUUACAGGUAUUAGUCAAAGACAAUGGAACACCUUCUCUGAAUAACACUGCCAACAUUCUUAUAGAGAUUCUAGAUAAAAAUGAUAAUGCUCCAUAUUUUAUCUUUCCUAAUAAUGACCCUUACAAUCUAGAUGUCCACUACCAUCCACACAGUAAGAAGGACAUCACAAUUCUGAAAGCAUCUGACAAAGACACUGGAAACAAUGCUUUCCUCACAUAUGGAAUACUGAGAUCCAAUGAUAAAAACCUGUUUACAGUGAACUCACACACUGGUGUGUUAUCUUUCUCUCGCACAGUUUACCAAAAUGAUGCAGGAACAUAUGAGCUGCAGUUUAUAGUGAAAGAUGGUGGUACUCCAGUUCAAUCAGCAACAACUGCUAUCAUACUAACACUGUUUGUUAGUAAUGAUACAUCUCCAAUGUUGACUGCUAUCCACUCACAGUCUGAUAACAACCUGAAUAUGACUUGGAUAAUUAUCAUUGUAGCAGCAGCUGUAAUACUAUCUGUGGCUGUUGUAGUGUCAAUAACAAUGUGUGUUUUCAAAUGUAUUAAUCACUUCAAUAAUUCUUCUGGAGAAAAAAAUAAUCCAAAAUUUCUCUCUCAGACUGAAAUGAGACAAAUUCUGUAUCAGACUAACAAUCCUGUUGCAAUAACAAGAAAUGCAGAAGAUAUAUUUAACAGAAAUCUUCAGUCAAUAAAUCAGAAAAGUCCUUACUACCCUGAAAUGGAAGAAACUGUUGGUGAAUGGAAAUUCUCAACAACACCCAGAAGAUUACCACCCACACCACAGAUCUAUAAUAAGCAGGUUUCAGAUGGAUCUGGUGAGCAAAAUGACACCAGCAGCAUUGUGACAUCAAACAACCUAAGUGAUACAUUACCAUCUCAAAGAGAUCGUGGCCGUGGAUGGAGUGAAGGAGAUAUUACACAUCAGAUAUCAGAAUAUGGUAACUACACACCAAACAUACCACCAAUGCCAAAGGGUGAACAUGAACAAGACACAUAUCUUGAACCUGUAUACAAGAAAUACAGCAGUUAUACAGGAACAGUAUGGAAGAAUCGAUGUCUUCGAAAGAGGCACAAACAAAGGAUUAAACAAUUUGCAAGUGGAUCUAACUUAUUUAAUAUCACCAACUUGGGAAAACUUUACACUACUCAGACAUUAGAUGCUGAAUCACUUUGUACAUAUAAGAAAGAAUGUUUCAAAGUGGUUAAAGUAGCAGUAAGGAAAGCAGAAACAUUUAUAAAGAUAUUGAAGAUAAAAAUAAUUAUAGAAGAUAUUAAUGAUCAUCAACCAGAGUUUCCAUCGAACCAAUUAAAAGUCAAAUUUUAUGAAACAGAUGGGAAAGGGUCAACAAAGUCAAUACCAAAUGCUGUUGAUAAAGACAUUGGUCUUCUCAAUUCUAACAUCACAUAUAAACUAAUAGAUAAAAGUAAUAAAUUUUCGCUACUUAUGUUUAAAGGAUUUGAUGGGGUAACCCUACUGGAAAUAACACUUGGGGAAAAAUUAGACAGAGAAUUUAAAAACAUUUAUACAUUACAGUUGGUGGCCAAGGAUGGAGGUUCUCCACCAAAAGAAGGAAUUCUGAAUAUUGAAAUACAUGUUAUAGAUGUCAAUGAUAAUCAACCACUUUUUAAACAAAAAUCAUAUAAUACUACCAUCAGUGAUACACAUCACAUAUCUUCCCCUGUGUUUCAUAUAUCAGCUACAGAUUUAGACUCUGGUCAAAAUGGACAUAUUACUUACUAUUUACAUAGAAAUACAAAUAAACAUACCAAAAAUAAGUUCAAAUUAAAUUCUAAAAGUGGAGAAAUCUACAUCAAUGAUAAUUUCUUUAGAAAUAAAGAAAGUAAAUAUCAGUUAUAUAUUGAAGCUAGGGAUGGUGGAAAUCCUUCAUUAAGCUCCAUGACAAUGCUGAUUAUUAAUGUUAUUAGCAAUCAAAAUAAUGCUCCAGCAAUAAAUAUAGAUUUUGUAUCACCUUUAACAGAGAGCUCUACUGCUGUUUCAGAAGCAAUGUUUCAACUUUCUAAUAUGGAUUCUAAAGAAUAUAAAAUAUUGGUGAAAGAACCUCUUGACAGAGAAACUAUAGACCAUUAUGUUGUCUCUAUUGUAUGUCAUGACAUGGGAUCACCUCCAUUAAAGACUAAGAAACAGUUCUCUGUCAAAGUAACUGAUGUCAAUGAUGUAGAACCACAUUUUACCAAAGAGACAUUCCAAUUCCUCACCUAUGAAAACCAGAAAGUUGACUUCCCUAUUGGCUUCAUCAAUGCUACAGACCCUGAUCUUGGAGAUGGAGGUCAACUUACAUAUUCUAUCAUCAAUGAUAACAACAAUGAUAACAUUCCUUUCCACCUGACAAAAUAUGGAUUUAUUUCUACAUCACAACCAAUAGAUCGGGAAGUGAAAGACAUCUAUAAUUUACAGGUAUUAGUCAAAGACAAUGGAACACCUUCUCUGAAUAACACUGCUAACAUUCUUAUUGAGAUUCUAGAUAAAAAUGAUAAUGCUCCAUAUUUUAUUUUUCCUAAUAAUGACCCUUACAAUUUAGAUGUCCACUACCAUCCACACAGUAAGAAGGACAUCACAAUUCUGAAAGCAUCUGACAAAGACACUGGAAACAAUGCUUUCCUCACAUAUGGAAUACUGAGAUCCAAUGAUAAAAACCUGUUUACAGUGAACUCACACACUGGUGUGUUAUCUUUCUCUCGCACAGUUUACCAAAAUGAUGCAGGAACAUAUGAGCUGCAGUUUAUAGUGAAAGAUGGUGGUACUCCAGUUCAAUCAGCAACAACUGCUAUCAUACUAACACUGUUUGUUAGUAAUGAUACAUCUCCAAUGUUGACUGCUAUCCACUCACAGUCUGAUAACAAUCUGAAUAUGACUUGGAUAAUUAUCAUUGUAGCAGCAGCUGUAAUACUAUCUGUGGCUGUUGUAGUGUCAAUAACACUGUGUGUUUUCAAAUGUAUUAAUCACUUCAAUAAUUCUUCUGGAGAAAAAAAUAAUCCAAAAUUUCUCUCUCAGACUGAAAUGAGACAAAUUCUGUAUCAGACUAACAAUCCUGUUGCAAUAACUCGGAAUGCAGAAGAGAUAUUUAGCAGAAAUCUUCAGUCAAUAAACCCCAAAAGCUCAUAUUAUCCAGAGAUGGAACAAUUAGCCAAUGAAUGGAAAUUCUCAACAACACCUAGGCGAUUGCCACCAGUUCCACAGCAUUACAAUAAGGAUGUGGAAGAGAGUUCAACUGAACAAAAAUGUUUUAAUGCCAGCAUUGUGACAUCAAACAAUCUAAAUGAUACACUACCCUCUCUUAAAGAACGGAACCGUGGGUGGAGUGAAGGUGACAUUACAUCUCAGAAAUCUGGAGCAUCAGAAUACAGUAACUAUCGACCAAACAUACCUCCUACACCAAAACAUGAUCAAGAACAAGAAACCUAUCUAGAGCCUGUAUAGCAUGCAAUUUGUACUUAGAAAAAUAAUGCAAAAUAAUCUCCCCAUAAUUUUAUCAUUUUCACAAACAAUAUUCAAUUCAGUAAGAUGAAUGGUUUAUAAAUGUUAUUUUCCUUAAUCAACAUAGAAUCUAAAUAGCACUUGAUAACAUUCCUAUAAGUCUGUAACUUCAGUUGAAUUUUCUUCCCUAUAAUACGAAUUAAGGUGGUGAGCAAAAUGCUUAGCAGCAUUUCAUAUCUCAUUACAUUCUAAGCUCAAAUUCCACCAAGGUUGACUUUGCCUUUCAUCCUUUCAGGAUGCACUGGGGUCAAUGUAACUGACUCACCCCUCCCCAAACUAGCUGGCCUCGUGCCAAGAUUUGAAACCAAUAUAUAAUACAAAUUAUAGAUAAUGUUCAGUUUAUAUACACAUUAUUUGAGAAAAGAAUGUAAUUUUAAAAUAUUUUGCUUAAAAACUAAUGGCAAAGGUAUAUUUUAUCCACAUACCAUCAAUUCCUUUCUCACCUUUCAUGAUCAGAACUAUUCAUCAAUAAGUGAUUAAUAUAAAAAAGGAGAAAGUGGAUGUUGUAACUCUCAUGUUUUUUUUUCUGGGAUUAUUAUUAGAAAGAUAAGUGAAGUAAAGUGAACUAGUUAAGUUUAGGAGCUAAUGCUAGUUCAAGGGUUGUUUUUAAGAUUUUAUCUUCUACUUUAAGAAACUUAGGUAUUUUUAAAAAUUAUAUUUUGUAAUUUGAAAAUUGUAAUUGUAAAAAUGAAAAGUAAAACACUUUAUUAAAUCAUGAUUAGAGUAAAACAAAAAUUGAAAUCAAAAUCUACUGAAGAAAAAUAGCACCAUUUUAUUUACUUCAUAAAAUUUUUAUAAGCUACUUUCAUGAAUUUAACCAUACAUGCAAAUUGAUAGUACUCAAGAUACUGUUUCAGCUUCACACCUAUUAUUAUGUACCAACCCACCUGGAGCAAAAAAUGGCUGAACUUAGGUUCUUGGGGAGAGAAUGCAGCUCCUUAAUUCAUAUGAUAGAAAUGAUUAUAUCAUUUGGAACGAUAACAUUCUGCAAGAUCUUAAGAUUUAAAGAACAAAAGUAGAUGUUUUCCUUCAUAAACUUGCAGGUGGCUGAUCAAAAUCAAGUCUAAAUUAAAAAGAGAAAAAGAACAUACAUACAACCACACACAUACAUAUCUAUGUACAUGUAUGUAUUCAUUGCUUUUUGCUACUCUAUCCUACUGCCUGAUUCACAAUUCCAGUUCAUCAAUAUAUUGCUAUUGCAACAUCACUGCUACACAGGAAUACUGUACCAGGAUAUCUGUCUAGUUACAUACUGUAACAACAAUGGAUUGGGCAAUGCAGAAUAUAAAAGCAAGCAACCAAAACUACUUCUGAAGUAAGAAAAGAAACUAUAUACAGAUGGCAGAUAAAAAUUUUCAACAAAUAAUCUUCUGACUCUGCUAGCAUUUAUGAUUUGUAGAUUAUAUUAAUAGCUAAUGAUUUCACUUAAAUAUGUCAUAUUCUAAACCAAUCUUUAUAUGAAUUAUAGGCAAUUAUUAAAUUAUUUUCUUUUAAGAUUCUAUCAUACUUAACAUUCUAACAAGAUGACAUUUUAAUCUGGUGGUUACAAAAAUAUUUCCACUAUGAAAAUAAUAGAAACCUUAUACAGAGUAAAAUGUAAUUGUUGUUUCCAUUAGAUUUAUUUCCAGUUGAAAGGGGAAGAUGAAUUUGAGUUUCAAAUAAAAAAUAAACAGAAAAUGUAUAUAAAACACACCAAACACUCACACAUGCACUAAAAUAUAUUUCGAAAUUUUCAAAUUUCUGUUGUGAUAAUAAAUAUUUCAACUAAAUUAAUAUUUAUCCAUAAGAUAAUUUAAAUGCUAUGUGUAGCUCAUGAUAUACCUUGCAUAUUAAAGUAAUAUUGCUAACAUUUGAGUUCAGUUUGAUUAGGCUUCAAAAUGCAUCGUAUAUGAACUGAUUGUCAUAGACUUAUUCAAAGUGUUUAUCAACAUAAAAUUACUGUAAUACAUCUCAUGAAAUAUUAUACUGAGACAUAAUAUCAGACACAGCCUUCAACAACAACAAUAAAAAAAUAUGUAAUAUGGGUAAGGCUUUAAAUUUUUUCUUCAUAAAUUUGCUGCAAUAAUGCAGUUUCUUAAAGCAUUAAAAAUAACCAAAAAGCUGCAAUAUGUGGUAUUCAUUCUUCAAAAAUUUCUGUUAAGGAUAAUAUGAAGGUAGAAUUUACAAUCAGAGAAAACUGAUGUGAAUCUACAUCAGUAACAAGUAAUCCACAAGAGUAUAAAAAAUGCCGCACAGUAUUUAUUCCAACUCACUGUACUUUGAGUUCAAGUAGCAUUAAAGCUAAUUUUGCUUUUCAUCUAAGUAGAGUUCAUAAAAAAGUACCAAUUCAGGGUGGUGGAUUGUUGUAACUAUCAAAAUGUCAGUCCAGAUACCUUGUAAUAUUUGUUCUGGAUGGGCCAUAGUGCCUAGAGUAGAAAAUAAUAUUUGUUCUGGAUUUUGUAUUCUAUGUUCAAAUCCUGCUAUGGCUUGCUUUGGUGGCAGACCUAAUCCAUUAUCCAGCUUAACAUCACUACUUCAUACUUUGGGUGCCUUUAUUGGGAUCCACUGUAUUGCAAGCAUUUGAGUCAGGCUUUGGUUUAAGAAUACCUCCUUCCCACCAAUGUCAGAAGCCCUGAAAAGAGUCAUAAGCACUGCCUUCCCUCCUGACUAUAAGUUUUUAAAAAUUAAUAAAUGUAAUUGCCAUAUGGAAAAGAACAAAAGUAUUUUGAGAUCAGGCCCUUAAAAUUAUCUAAACCAAUUUCUCAUUAGUUUUAUUAAAUAUACAAAACGAUAACAAGAAAAAUCACUGGUAUAUAUAUUUAAAAAACUAAAAUUACAAUCUUUAAGAUCAUAAUUUGAUGACUAACAUCACAAGUGAUGUGUAAAGCAUAGUUGAUUAUAAUGUUUUGUAACAACAUAUAGAUGUACCAUAAGUAAACAUAAACAUUUUCGUGCUAUCAUAAUUAUAGAAAACUCUGUAUUUAGCAAACCCUAAAAAUAUGAUUUGAUAUUUGGUCAUUAUUUCGCUAUUUUAUAUAACUUUGUUUAGUGAAUGUGGAUGUAUAUUUAAAUAGUUUGUUUAAUGAAUUUGGAUGUGUAUUUGUUUAUCAUAUUUUUAAUAAUAAUCUUCAAAUUCCAGGCUCAUAUUCUUUUGAUGGAUUCACAACUUAUGUAAUUGCAUAUAGAUAAUAUAUAUAUGAAAGGAAAAUUUGUCUAUUUCCUUAUGUUGUAACCAAAAGAAACUUGCAACAUUACAAAAUAAACUAGAUAUCUGAGAUUGAACUUCUGGAAAUCUUAGAGAAGUAAAUUCAAAAACAACUUUUUAAAUAUGGACUUUUAAAACAAGUUAAAGAAAAUGCAUUCCAUUUUCAAAAUCUUUCUUUGUUAAAAUCAUAAACUGAAUUGUUCUCAAUAAUGGAUGUAAAAUUCUUCUGUGUUGUAAUUAAUACCAUGCAUGAAAAGAUAGGUUUAAAGGAAAUGUUGUUAAGAGGCAUUGUUAAAAUUUAGUGUAAAUUCAUGAUUUCAUUAAAAUUUCAUUAAAACAAAACAUCUGAUUCACCAAUUUUUUCCAAUCAUCCUGAUACUUUUACCCAGGCUGUGAGCUAUACAUAACUCAACAUGUAUGAUGUUAACUGCCAUCUUAUGUAAUUAAAGCCAUUAUAAGUUGUCUGUUGUUGUAUUAUAGAUCUUUUUUAAUUUGUAAUUAAAUUUUGUAAAUAUGGGGUGAAAUGUAAAACUAUUCUGAUUGGCAAGCUCAAUUAUGCAAUGCAGUUUUCCUUUUUUUAAUAAACUGUUUCAAAUUAUGUUGAUAAUAAUGUCAAAUGAAUAAAUCAAUAUUCUGGUUAUGUUGAGAAAAAUAAAAAAAAUUAUGUACAAAGCUAUUUUAGUGUUUUUACAUAUGAAAAGUUAAAUGCCUAUUUGGAAUUUCAUAUUGUAACAAUAUAAGAAAUUCUUGUUUAAAUAUUAAAGCCUUUGACUGUCAGUACUAAAUAACUAUUGAUAUACACCAUCAUAUUUUUCUCUUUCACAAUAUAAUUUAUUUUUUUUAUUUUUUACAUUUUAAGUUCACUAUUUUAAUGUACAAAUUGUACUUUUUCUCAUUAGCUGCCUUUGAAUGAUUCUAGAUAAAAUGAUAUGCAUUCAUGAAACUAAAAAUAUCCCACUUUAAAUGAGAAGCAUCUAUAUGAACAUCAUUGUUCUCUCUGAAUAAUGUAAGAAACCCUUGGCAAUAUAAUAAAAUAUCAUUUCAUUGACAACAAAA